AUGGGACAUGAGGAGCAUGGAGGGACUUGGCACAUGGAAGCAGCUCAACUGGAUACGCAAAGGAAGAAGGGAGAAGCCAUCUUGAAGACCAGCUCGACCGUCUACUCGACCAACCGGUCGAGUUCCUCAACUCGACCGGCCAAGCUUCAACUCGAUCGAGCUGAGAACCGUCUUCCUUCUCCUCGGUUUUUGUCGUUUAGUGAGCAAAACGUGAAGGAGAAGAGAAUUGGAGGCGAUUUCGGUGUUGUGAGCUCAAUCCAAGACCGUUCAUCGUCUAUUGGAGGCUUGGGUUCGUGUGGCGGCUGCUGCGUGGUGGUUUCGGCGGUGUUCUUCGUCGUUUUCGUUGUGCUUCUUCAUUUCCCUUCGUUUUCCCCUUUUCAAUCCCAUAUCCGAGGUGAGUGCAUGAUUGUGGGUCCGUGA